GCGGACCCCGCGGCCCGGGCCCCCGACGCCCCCCUCCGCGCGGGGCCGCUCCCCCCCGGGCGGCCGGCGUCGCCGUGCUCCGGGCCCCGCGGCGCCCGCGCGGCGACAGCAUGUCCAAGCCGGUGGACCACGUGAAGCGGCCCAUGAACGCCUUCAUGGUGUGGUCGCGGGCCCAGCGGCGCAAGAUGGCCCAGGAGAACCCCAAGAUGCACAACUCGGAGAUCAGCAAGCGCCUGGGCGCCGAGUGGAAGCUGCUCACCGAGGCGGAGAAGCGGCCGUUCAUCGACGAGGCCAAGCGGCUGCGCGCCAUGCACAUGAAGGAGCACCCCGACUACAAGUACCGGCCGCGCCGCAAGCCCAAGACGCUGCUCAAGAAGGACAAGUUCGCCUUCCCCGUGCCCUACGGCCUGGGCGGCGUGCCGGACGCCGAGCACCCGGCGCUCAAGGCGGGCGCGGCGCUGGGCGCGGGCGCGGCGGGCGGCCUGGUGCCCGAGGCCCUGCUCGCCCACCCCGAGAAGGCCGCGGCCGCCGCCGCCGCCGCCGCCGCGCGCGUCUUCUUCCCGCAGUCGGCGGCCGCCGCCGCCGCCGCCGCCGCCGCGGGCGGCCCCUACUCGCUGCUCGACCUGGGCUCCAAGAUGGCCGAGCUGUCGUCGUCGUCGUCCGGCCUGCCGUACGCGUCGUCGCUCGGCUACCCCGCGGCGGGCGCGGGCGCCUUCCACGGGGCGGCGGCGGCGGCGGCGGCGGCCGCGGCGGCCGCCGGGGGGCACACGCACUCGCACCCCAGCCCGGGCAACCCGGCCUACAUGAUCCCGUGCAACUGCAGCGCCUGGCCCAGCCCCGGGCUGCAGCCGCCGCUCGCCUACAUCCUGCUGCCGGGCAUGGGCAAGCCGCAGCUGGACCCCUACCCCGCGGCCUACGCCGCCGCGCUAUGACCCCCGCGGCGUCCCCGCGCCCGGCCCGGCGGACAGGGGCGCGGAGGGGCCGGGCGGGGCGCGCCGGGGCGCGCGCGGCCUCGCGGCCCGUCUGCUGCCCGG